GUACCUCACGAUUUUUCCGGCUAGAAUUCAACGUUGGUGUCUUUACGAAAUCGUAUCGUACGAGUUCGGAGAGUCUUCAUCUAUGACAGUAAUGUUAAAGUAAAGUUCCUCAUGGCAUACGUAGCGAAAUCUCCGAAUUCGUUUCAGUUCGUAACGCGGUAUAAAAGGAUAACUCGUGUACGCAUACCAGCCGAGUGCUGCUAGGGUUCUUGGAAACAAUGCACUUGCCCAAACUAGUGAAUCGUCUUCGUAACUAUAGCGCCCACGAGGAAUUUCUUAUCGGACUGUAUACCGUGACGGGCGCCUCGACGAAUAAGGCAAAGUGUGCUGGUGUCAGCUCCCUCGCAGAGGAUUAGAAAUUACGAUCGCGAUCAGGGAGUGAUCUUCAAGAAUCUCGUCGCUCGUUUAUACGUUUACCCCUGAAGUCCAUCGACGUGGCCGAAAUAGUGUCGUUAAUUCUUAUUUUUACCGAGGAAUUACAUAAUGUAUGGUGAACGAAAGUACUGGCCUGGCCUCGUCUGUACGACUGAUCCAACACACGAUCUGCAUGAGAUCUUACGUGCACUACAAUCGUUAAAUCGGUAAUCGUCGUCGACUGACAUUUUGGACCUUGACAAGAGAUCGAAAGGAUUUACGAUGACCGAGGAAUAUCGCACAGUUCUCCAGUGAACAGAGAGCAUACCACCGAGAGAUGGCAAUAUUUAAAUUGAAGAUACUAAAGCACAGGUGUAUGAUUUCAUAGUCGUGGAAAGCAUUCGCCUUUUUUAUCGAAACCUGCGACCACAGAUAUUCGUCGUUAACCGAACAAAACAGUUUUGUUCGCGCCCUGUUCGUUGCUUGACAAAUGCCAGCACCGCCUCCACCUCUCUCAAGUUUGCCAGACGCACCUAUGUGCGAGAAAACCGAAGUGAACGAUGCAGAUUCUCUGCCACCGUGGGCGAAAAUUACUCUUACAUCUGCAGAGGCGGAAAUUGAAAAACUGAUAGCGCGGAACGAGUUGAAGGAUGCGGAAGUCACGUAUUUUUGUCAAGUUGAACCGAUCUUGCAAGAUGGACCACAAUGCGGUCUGGUGGCACUUGCGAUGGCGUCGCAGGAAUACACAAAGCCAGUUUCCGUUAGUCAGCUUUUAGCAGAGGCUCGUGUGAGAGGUUUCACCCAACACGGAGAGGUGUACAGCGUCGAUUUCAUGGGUACACUAGCUGCCGAAUAUUUACCUGACCAUAGACCGGAUAUCUUAGUGGAUUUGCAACAGUGCCCAGACACGUUAACGCACGCUUUAGCUCACGGUGCAAUGGUACUGAUCCCAUACGACUCCGACUUCAAUCAUGCACCAUGCUUAAAAAGAGGCCAUAAAGCCCACUGGGCGUUACUCGUGGGUCUAAUCUCGUCUAGACAAGGAUAUCAUGUGUUAGCUCGUCAUGGAAAAUCGCGUCAUUUAGCUUGUUGGCCAUUACGCGAUUUGAUCGAAAGCAACGGCAACUUGGAGGAGGAGGGAACGGCCAAACACGCAGGAGGAUACGUGAUACCGAAGGGUGGUGUCGGCGGUCAGAGAGGUUUGCGCGGCAGGGCACUUGCGUUACACCCAUACAUAUAAAAAUCGUGUACAAGAAUUGUAGGUAAUUAAUAUCACACAGCGAAAGACAGAAACUAUUACUACUACUACUACUACUACUACUAUACUACUACUACUACUACUACUACUACUACUACUCUUGACUGUACUAUUAUUGUAUCCACACAAUACGGUAAAACGAUAAAACAUUGAACGGCGUAAUGUUUGCACAGCUACUACGGAAUUUGAUUAUUUAUAAAAUUGUAAAUGCUUUUAAGUAUAACGUAUGCGUAUCAAGUUUCA